AUGCAGUAUACUCCGUUUGUUUCGGAUAUUGAGCUUCCGUUCUACACGUCCCUCGCAUCGCAGAAAAUAAACUAUGAUAAGUUGGAUGAUUCUGCGAGAAAAGUCCUAGGGCUUUAUGAGAUACGCACCUCAGAUGCGCCAGCGACAUCAUGUCGGAUGCAGAUCCUGGGAAAUGCGCUGAACAGCGAUAACGUUCCAUCUACCUAUUACAAAGCAGAGGGCACGAUCAAGAACUUCAAUACCGUAGAAGAGUACAAAAAUGCAGACAAGAUACAAAUACUACAGGAAGCUGGGAGGAAAAUCUGGGAUGCUAUCGAUGAUGGCUCAGUACUAUCCAACCCGUCAAUAUUAUCAUCUUUCCUGAUACUUUCAUUUGCCGAUCUGAAGAAGUACAAGUUCCAUUACUGGUUUGCCUUUCCUGCCAUCACCUCACAACCACAUUGGAUUCCUGCCGAGCAGACGAGCUUAGAUGCUCAAGUCUCUGCCAGCGGCCCUUCUAUUCCUGGUUCCAGGAAGCUGUCUGCCGAAGAGAGCUCCGCUCUCGUCGAUGCAGUACAAACCUGGAAAGCUGACACCGAUGUAUGCCAACAUGGGUUUUUCUUGGCUCGCAGGGAGAAAGAGAAAUCAGUUUCCGAUAACGCUGAAACCACAAAUAAAGCUUAUGAAUGGAAAGUGUCAUCAUUAGCUGGAUGGGAGACGGGGUUCUUCCAUGGCUCCAAGUCUGAAGACAUCUAUUUCUGUUUCGCUGAUCCUUCAAACUAUCCCAAUGCCCCAGGGUGGAUGCUACGCAAUCUACUGGCGCUUCUGCUACACCGCUGGGGGAUUACAAAAUCCCAGAUACUAUUCUAUCGAGAUACCCAAUCUAAGCGGGAGCUUGGACGAAGUUUGGCGGUUACGCUAGAAGUAGAUCCCAAAGCUGGCAACCUGGCUCCCAAUGAAAUGCCGAAAAUCACUGGCUGGGAGAGAAAUAGCGCAGGAAAACUCACUGGGCGCAUUUCUGACUUGACAGCAUACAUGGACCCUCGCAAAUUGGCAGAUCAAGCAGUCGAUUUGAAUCUGAAACUGAUCAAAUGGAGAAUCAGCCCGGGCCUUGACCUUGAUAAAGUCAAAGGAACGAGCUGCCUUCUACUCGGAGCUGGAACUCUAGGUAGCUAUGUCGCACGCAAUUUGAUGGGUUGGGGUGUACGAAAGAUUACUUUUGUCGACAACGGAUCUGUAUCAUUCUCGAACCCAGUAAGGCAACCAUUGUUCGAUUUCAAAGACUGUCUAGAUGGAGGAGCCAAAAAAGCCACACGUGCCGCAGAGGCCUUGAAAGAGAUAUACCCAGGGGUUGUGUCAGAAGGUCAUGUACUAUCUGUUUUGAUGCCUGGUCAUCCCUUCACUGAUGCUGCUCAAGCAGCAGUCGAUUUCGACCGCCUUCGUAAAUUAAUUGAGGAGCAUGAUGCCAUCUUCCUGCUGAUGGACAGCCGAGAGUCUCGUUGGUUGCCAACGGUCAUGGGGAAAUCUCUGGGUAAAAUCGUCAUGAAUGCCGCCUUGGGUUUUGACACAUUUGUCGCCAUGCGACAUGGGGUCAAACUUCAAUCACCAGGCCAAUCGGAGCUUGGAUGUUACUUCUGCAACGAUGUCGUUGCACCCAUGGACUGCACAGUAACACGGCCAGGCGUGUCUACAAUCGCUUCAGCGAUUUUGGUGGAGCUCUUCGUAUCCGUUUUACAACAUCCUGACGGAGCCGGAGCCCCUGCCCCGGUAACCCAAAAUGCUGAACGCGGAGACCAUCCUCUGGGCCUUGUUCCACACCAAAUUCGAGGGUUUCUGUCUACGUUCACCAAUAUCCCGAUUACUGGCAGAAGCUAUGAUUGCUGCAGUGCCUGCUCAGACCGAGUCGUAGAUGCAUAUAGAAAAGACGGCUGGGAUUUCGUGCAACGAGCAAUCAACGAUAAGGAAUACGUGGAAGAGCUAAGUGGGUUGAAAGAGGUACAGCGAAAAGCCGAGGAGAAUGCUGCUGAUAUAGAGUGGGAGGACGAUUCGGAUGGACUGAUCGAUGAUGAAUAA